CUAAUACAUAAGCUUAGAGCUCUCACUAUAUAUAUAUAUAAGCUUGAAAAUUGCAAUACACGUACAGUAACCGAAGCAUUGUGUUCACGGUUUUUCCGUGGUCGUCUGUAUCGUGAAGGGUGAAUAUGGCUAACCAUUUUGGAGAAGCAAGUGGGAAAAAUUCGUCAGGGUUCCCACAAGUGGUUCUCAAUGAGAGAAUCCUUUCUUCAAUGUCUCGAAGAUCUGUUGCUGCUCAUCCCUGGCAUGACUUGGAGAUUGGGCCAGGUGCUCCAGCAGUUUUCAACUGUGUUGUUGAAAUUGGGAAAGGCAGCAAGGUUAAGUACGAGCUUGACAAGACAAGUGGCCUUAUAAAAGUUGAUCGUAUUCUCUACUCAUCAGUUGUUUAUCCACACAACUAUGGUUUCAUCCCACGAACCAUUUGUGAAGACAGUGAUCCUAUGGACGUCCUGGUACUGAUGCAGGAGCCUGUGCUACCUGGUUCUUUCCUUCGUGCUCGUGCUAUUGGAUUAAUGCCUAUGAUUGACCAGGGUGAAAAGGAUGACAAAAUCAUAGCAGUAUGUGCUGACGACCCUGAGUUCCGCCAUUAUAAGGACAUCAAGGAGCUUCCUCCACACCGCCUUGCUGAAAUCCGCCGCUUCUUUGAGGACUACAAAAAGAAUGAGAACAAGAAGGUUGCUGUGGAAGACUUCCUGCCAGCCGAGCCUGCCAUCGAAGCCAUCAAGUACUCCAUGGACCUGUAUGCGUCUUACAUUGUUGAAAGCUUGAGGCAGUAACUUAUCUGGAAACCAAUUAGAAUGACAGUGACCACGAAAUUAUCAUAGGCUGAUAGACUUCUUGCUGCAUGCCUGUCUGCACAAAUUUUAUAUCACUAAGUACUCAUUAGUCAUAAAUGGUGAUUAUGCUGUACUCUUGUUAUUAUUAUAAUAAUUUCUAUAGAUAUCUAUAUGUUGGUUGCUGCUUC